AUGGCGGUGGAUAAUUGGACCAUAAAUCUUGAAUGUGAUGGGGCACCUGAAGGAGAGAGACAUGUGAAAACGGAAAUGGACAGAGAUGUGAUAUGCUACUGGAACCUGAUUGAUUUGAUCAAGGAUCAUGGAUACUCAUCAGUUGACUAUCUAUACUACAAGCGAAAAGAUAGCUUGGUUGUACUAGAACAAGAUCCUGAAGUGAUGAAAAUGCUUAACGAGUGUGAGAGCAAAAAGAUGGUUAGCUUGUUUGUGACAAAGGACAGACUGGCCACUUUAGCGCCUACCAAGUCCAACAAAGAACCAUCCAAAUCUAAACCAAAAAAAACUAAAGGAAGAGGAGGUACAAAGAAAAAGAAAGCAUUAAAUUUAAUGCAUACUGAAGCACUAUAUGCUAACGAGGUUGAGCAGCGCGAUGAUGAGAACCAGAACACAUCAGCUGAUGGCGACAAAGAACCUAAAAAGCGAAAGGGGACUGUUUUAACACAUGUUUGGGAUCUACUUGACGGAGAUAGGAUAGUAACAAAGUUCUUGUAUCCUCAUUCAUGUGAGAAAUGGAUAUUCAAAUCAAUUGGAAGAGAUUGGAGAAAAUACAAGGCAACAUUAAAAAAGACACUAUUUAAUCCAAAGAAGAAAAGGUCUGUUUUGAACAAGCGUUGUCCAGAUGAUAUUGUUAAAGCUGAAUGGAAGGCCCUAGUAGGAUACUGGAAGUCCGAAGAAGGAAAAACCCUUAGUGAAAAGAACAAAAUAAGUCGUGAAAUGAGGAAGACAACUCAUACAACAGGUACAAAGAGUUAUGCUCGUUGGUCUGAGGACAUGGUUCAAUUGGAAAAUCUCCUAGACACACAACCAGAGUUAGCACAAAAUAGUGAGGGCGGAGUUGCAUGGGAAGGUGAUGCAUUACAUCAGGUGUUGGGAGAAGAAAAAGCUGGACAAGUGCACGGCAUGGGAUUGCUUCCGGUUCCUAAACAAGUUUAUGGUCGAAAAACACACCAUUUUAAGGACAUUAAUAUAGUUUCACUAGAUGGCUCAUCAUCUGAUGUAGAGGUUCACAUGUUGGAGGAAAUAAGGCAACUCAAAGAGCAUUCUAGAAUGCAAGACAAAGUUAUCGAAGAACUAAAAAACAAUCAGAGGCACAAUGAGAACCAAGAAGCAACAAUGGGAAAUUGUGCUAGGAGUGAUCACAACAAUUCUCAGAAUCAAGUACUGAAUUCUAAAAGAAAGGUUGGGUCCACAGUGCUACUAAUGACUUCGAAAUAUCCUAAGAAGGCUAAUGUAGCAUAUGCAACUCUCUUGAGCACUAAUCCAGAAGCCCUUGUUGGUGGAGUUAAGAUAGGAAGUCAAUUCUACAAAGUGCGUAUCAAUCAUCCUAUAACAAAAGAUGAGCCAUUAGUGAGGCCUAUGCUUGGGUGCGACAAUAUUGGUGAUGCUCAUGCCAAAGGAGUCCAAAUUGCUUGGCCUUCGAUGUUUGACCAGGAGGUGUUGCUCUACAACGGUCAGAACAUCACCUCCAACGAAGUCGACCAGUUCAGCACAUCCGCCUUCAAGCUCCUCAAUGCCAUGGCCGAUUACGUUGCUACCGCAGACUUACAGAACAAGUCCGUGUCUGGAGCCAUUGGUUUUGACGCGGCAUACUCCAAUAUCUAUGGAAUGGUGUCGUGUAGUGCUGACCUGGAGCCUUGGGAGUGCCGUGGGUGCCUUUCUGUGGCAAUUGCGCAGAUGCCACAUGAAUUCAUCCUUAACACGAAGGGUGAAUUCCCAAACACCCCCAUAUCAUGGCCCACCGGACAAAGGGGAUCAUUGAUCGAGUCAGGUUUCUAG